AUGCCGCUCGAUAACCUGACCAGCGGUAUGACCGGACAAGUUCCUGUUGACAAAGUCCAAUCCACAACAAGCGGAGUCAGAAAAACCACCUCGAAAGCACCAAAAAAAUUAAGCAAAUCAACAAAGGACCUGACGGACCCUGCGCUCCCAGGUCAAUUUCCUUCAGACGAUGCUCCUCCAAAAGGCCAGAACGUCGACAACAACCUCUCAUUUUCGUCGAUAUGGGCCACCAUCAAAGCAUGGUUCGCUACGCUUUUCCCUCAAGCUUUUGAUUACUUCGAGUCCUGCAUUCAGAGAUUCAUCGCCUGGCUACUUCCUCCGCCCCGUCAGGCUGCGAUGUAUGAAGCUGCAUUGAAGCGUCCUGCCGCAUCAACCUUGAUCGUUUGUCAGAUGAUUUGCUGUGGAGUUCCUCUACUUGUAUUCCUGGCUGGCGUGUUUGUCUUCGCUGCGGUGUCGAUACUGCUCUGGGCUGUUUUGUCGUUGCUUAUUCUUGGUCCGGUGUUAAUGGUCACGAGCAUGAUGGGCAUGUCUCUGUGGGGUUGGGGCUGGAUUCUUUAUGGUUUGAUCAAGUGGGCUGAUCAGAAGUUCUUGGGUGGUUUGAUUGCACGCUAUUGGCUUCCGCAGACAAAAUCGGAGUCCGCUGAUGGAGAUGGCAAGCCCGAGGGUGAGAAAAAGGAGGAGAGUAAGGGGGAGAAAAAGGACGAGUAA